CGUCACUAAGCAACGUCUAUAUAAAUAGCUGAAACGCCUCUAGGAAGAUACCCAUGACUGUUACAGGAGCAUAUCAGAACAUCUUCAAGCUGUAUAUAUGAAGGAAUUUCAUGCCUUCUGAGUCAUGGCUCUUGUAGGAAAUCAUCAUAACCUUCAAACAUUAGAAGAGGAGUUGAAUCUGUGUGUGCGAUGUAAGAAGUGCUGUAGAAAACACACUGUGAUUCGAUACUCCCUCAACCAGAUCAUCCAUUCCUGCUCAGAAAACAUCUUACUGGUCCAGUGGAAACGUCCCAAUUCAGUGUGGAGGCCAGUUGCUCCCCUGCCAGGCUUUCCCAUCCCUUACAAGUAUGUGGCUUGCUGGUUCUACACUGAAGAACAUGGAUGCAAAAAACAUGGAAAUAGAUGUUCCUUUGCUAGAAGCGCAGAGGAAGCUUCAGUGUGGAACGUCAUGAAGGAUUUACGACUGACAAUUCCCCAGCUUAUAAAUGUGAUAAAACGAAACCAAAGGACACUGCAGUCAAAGCCUCAAGAGAAGGGAAGCUGCACAUUAUGUCAGGGACACUUCCCAACGGAUGAGGAUUUCAUGAACCACUGUUUCACGGUGAAGCACCGGAGACUGAUCUUUGAAGACACUUCUCCGCAAUGGAAGUACCGUGAUCCGCCACCACAAUACAAGGACCUGAAGUUGUGUGAAAGACCCCUAAUAUGCGAGUAUGGAAAGAAUUGCACAAAGGCACACAGUCGAGAGGAACUUCAUGAAUGGCAAAAAAGAAUCAAGGCUACACGGAAAAAAGCCAGGGAUGCCGCCGAGCUGGGAUUGCUGUCCUAUCAGGACAUUCUUUUGGAGGAAUACAGGCACAGCGACAACAAGAAAAUGAUUAUCAACGACACCCUUCCUGAUGUUUCCAUCACCUGUGACCCAGAUUUAGACAGUGUCUACGUAAGGAAAAAGGGAAUACAGUGCACAUGGAAUUUUACCAUUAUUUCUAAGGAACCUCUAGACGUGAUCGCUUUACUCAGAUGGGAACAGGGGGCGAAAUUCAGCCUCAGCAAAGACCCCCGUGACGAACGGUCAUAUUCCACUAGUGUUUGGUUUAAAAAAGAUGAAGUGUAUGAAAUUCCAGUGUCCUUCGAAUCUGACCAACCAGGCCUGUAUGAGCAGUGGGUAUUGUUUGACUUCAAUACAAGACCAGUACUGCGUCAAAAACUCAAGGUCAGAGUUGGAGAGGAUGAGUGUAAGGAAAGAUGUCCAUCACCUGAGGUUAUGCAAGAAAAACCAGAGACUGGCAGGGAUCUCGAGCCCUGGAAUGAGGAAAGCAUGGAAGUCAUUCCUUUUUUUGAAAGAGACGAGGCACAGAGAGAGCUCCUAAACAGAUACCCACUCGCCAAUCAACUCCAGUCAAUCAGUUUGAUUAACCGUGAGAAUUACAAACAGAGCAUGCACAAUUUUUUAUACCAGGAGGAAAAGGAAGAGGGCGAACUGCUUGCUAGGCUGAAUCUACGAGGGACUGUGCAUUUGAAGAAUAAACUGGAAGAUGACAGGUUUGGAUGGAAAAUGCUUAAUACGGGGGAACUUUUUGCUGCCGUGCCUGUGUCUCGCCCACUCACUCUUGAUGCCCCUGAAGGUUUCAUAGUGAAAAGACAUGCGAUCAGAUCUCUUGUUCGUGUCGUGAAAAACAAUAAUUAUCUUGGGCCCAUUUAUGAGGCUAUGUUUCUGAAAGACGCUCCCACUGACACACAAGUGCAUCUACAGCUUUCCAAACACUGCUGCACUGAUCUAAAUCUGCAGAAUGAAGAGCAAUGUGAGAUGGAAGUCCACUUCCAAAUAAAUCGUCUAUGGUUCUGCGAGAUGCACAAGGCCAUCGAUGAUCUCCCCGACUUGGACAAUGUUUUGCCGGAUCUGAAAAACAUCAACUUAUGUAUUUCUAGCCAGUCAGAUCCCGAAGAGUUAAAUGAGAAGCAGCAAGCUGCAAUGAACUUUUUCCUGGGUGUAACGGACAACGGAGGCAGUGUCCCACCUUUGUUGAUUUAUGGACCUUUUGGAACAGGGAAAACUCGAACCCUUGCAAAGAUGGCCCAGGUUCUUGCACAGCAACCACAGAACAAAAUCCUGAUUUGCACACACACAAACAGUUCAGCUGAUCUUUACAUAAAAGGUCAUUUCCAUGAAUACGUGACAACUGUUCACCAUGAAGCCAAACCUUUGAGAAUCAAGGCAAUGGAAAGCAACCUCAGAUCCACCGAUCCUACCAUUCUACCGUACUGCCAUUUAUCCAAAACCGGCAUUCGAUUUGAGUUUCCUGAUAAAGAUGUUCUGGAUUCCACAAGAAUCAUCAUAACGACAACUGCGCUGGCUCGUUUGUUCCAGGACAUGAAGCUACCUGAAAACUACUUCAGCCACAUUCUGAUUGAUGAAGCUUCUCAGAUGUUGGAGUGUGAGGCUCUUAUGGCAUUGGGCUUGGCUGGUAAAAAUACACGUGUUGUUUUAGCUGGAGAUCACAUGCAGAUGGGACCCAAGCUCUUCUCAGUGAGACAAGACAAAUGCUCAGAACAUACCUUGCUCAAUCGCCUCUUCUUUUACUACCAAGCUGAAAACAACAGUGCUGCCAAACAAAGCCGAAUCAUUUUCAAUGAAAACUACCGUUCCACAAAAGACAUUGUGGAUUUUGUGUCGACACAUUUUUAUGUGGGAAAGACCGAUGUGAUCAAGGCUAAAGGAGACGUGCCUCCUCAUCCACACCAGCAUGCCUUGCAGUUCCACCAUGUAAGAGGAGAAUGCAGUUUGGAUUCAUCAAGCAUGUCCUGGUUCAAUCCAGAACAAAUUCGUAGAGUUGUUGACAUCGUGCAAGGAAUAUUGAAGGAGUGGCCGCAAGAGUGGGGUGAUAAAGAUCCUGAAUCAGUCUGUGUUCUUUCUCAAGGCGCACAGGUGUUGGCAAUACGGCAAAGGCUGCGUCAGCUUAACCUGCCCCGUUUCACUGUGGAGAAUGCCGAAAAUGUGCAAGGAAAACAAUUCAGAGUCAUUGUGAUUUCCACUGUGCACACCAAGGACAGCCUAUUGGAGACGGACCGGACCUGUCUUGAGUUUUUUAAUGACAUGCGAGUGUUGAAUACUGUUAUGACAAGAGCUCAAUCCCAAAUAAUUGUUAUUGGAGAUGCAGCUGCAAUUUCUUGCCAUCAGUUCGGGAUGUGCUGGAGACUUUGGGGAUCUUAUAUAGAGUACUGCAUCAGCCAGGGAAGUGCCCAUGACUUAAGCUUGGAUUCUUUGAAACAAGAUCUCCUUGAGAUAUCUGAGCUCUGCAGAAGUGAGGAUGAAGAGAGUAGUGAUAGUGAAUCAACUACAUCUGAAAUACUAGACACGGAAGACCCAAUACUUCAAGAGCUUCUUGAUGAGAGCAAAGACAUCAAUGUUGCAUUGACAGAGGAAGGCUUAUUUCCCAUUUUUACCAAUGGGCAUCUUGUCAGUGAUGUGAACAAGCAGAUUACAGAAGCAGAUGAAGAGCAAUUCUUGACAAACUCUACAAUCCACAAAUGCUGUGAGAUAGUCAUCGAGAGCUUUUACCAAGGUUAUGCAAGACCACUCGACGAGCCUACUCUGAGAAUCGAUAUCAAGGGUAGAAAGAAUAUCGGACAGGCAUUCCCUGGAGACAAAGUAACAGUGGAGAUCCUGAGUGAGAAAUCAGAUCAUCACCCAAUGGGAAAAGUAAUCGACAUCCUUGAAAGUGCAGAUCCUGUCAAAGAAUUUGUCUGCACCAUUGAAAGAUAUGACAAUCAAGUGAUGACACCUAUCAACAAAUGCAUCUCCAAAAUCUACACACCAUUUUCAAAGGACAAACCAGAUCACAUUGCUGUAAGAGAUCCUGAUAGCCGCCAAAUAAAGAGUUUCAUCAAAAUAAAUGAGGAAGGGCGUAGAAAAUACCUCUUUGUUGUCAGGGUCCUUACGUGGAGAAAGAAUCACAGUUUUCCCUUGGGGAUAGUUGUGAGUGUGUUUCCAAAAAUAACAACUAUAGAUGAUGGAUUGAAAGUUCUCGAGAUCGAGUUCCAGUUGAGGAGGACAAUUUCUUCAUUUUUGAGAAAAGAGAUGCAAGAAUUCCAAGGUCUCGGUUUAUUUGAAGAUGGACGAAAAGAUUUUCGAAUGCUCCCAACUUUCACCGUUGAUCCUGCUGAUUCACAAGACCUUGAUGAUGCAAUCAGUGUACGGGAUUUAGGCGAGUACUAUGAAAUCGGAGUUCACAUUUCUGAUGUUGCAAGCUUUGUGGCUGAAGACAGUGAACUGGACAAAUAUGCAAGACAGCUGUGCACUACUUUCUAUCCACACGAGAAGGAGCCAAUACACAUGUUCCCUAAAGAAUUGAGCGCCAAUUUCUUCAGUUUAAUCCCAAACCAAGACAGACGAGCCAUCUCCUUGAUAAUAUACGUAGAUGCAAAAACAAACUACGUGAAGAAAAGAUAUCUCUUCAAGUCAAUCAUUCACUCCAAGAGGAAGUUUUCCUAUGAUGAAGUUGAGGACAUCCUUGAAAAAAAUUGUCAGCAUUCUGACCCACUUGAAAUCUGCCUUGUGAAAGCAUGGACCUUUGCUAAUGUUCACAGGAGAUUCAGGAAACAGGAAAGCUGGUGUUACAAACAGCCAGAUGAAGACGUAACCCUUGGAAGAAGACAAUCUCACCAAAUGGUGGAAGAGCUGAUGGUCAUGUUUAACCACACAGUUGCUGAACGCCUUCUGUUUGAUGAAACAACAAGGAGCAUAACUCCACUGAGAUGUCAGGACAGGCCAAUAAGUGAAAAGCUUAUUGACCUUUUUGACAAAAAUGCUGUCUUGAUUCCACUUUCUGUUCACUUCUCAAGUCGAGCUCAUGAGAUUGAACAUGUGCCUCGUGAACUGAACAACCAAGGUUUGAUUCGCUCCACAGCCAUGGCAAACUCACAGGACUUUUCUGAUUCUGAAACCUUCCCAAUAUUAAAAUCACUUUUAAGAUGCCUGAAGACAGCAGCAGAGCAGAAAAAUAUCUACAAAGUAAUUGACUUUGUUGCAACUGAUGACAUUCACCCCCAACUUCUCCCUUUUGCUAUUGCAUUUAGGAGACUGUUUCACAAAGCAUGUGUUCUGCGCUCAAACUCAACACAUGUCUCAAGAAUUGGGCACCAUGAUUUAGAUCUUGACAGCUACACAUGGGCCUCAUCUCCCGUCCGCAGAUACAUGGAUGUUAUUGUGCAGCGCCUUCUUCAUUCUGUGAUCGACAAGACAAAAAAUAGGUACACAGCUCAUGACAUUGACCUGUUUUGUAUGGAAUUUUCCAGGAAAAAUGAUCAACAGUCAGCCUAUGAGAAGAAAGCCAAUGCUCUACAUUUUGCAUUAAAACUGUCGACUCGAAGUGAAAGGAAGGUGGCGUACAUUGUGGACCUCAAUCCGUCAGGGACAAACUUCAGAGUAUCCUUCCCACUUAAUAGAGACUCUAUAUCAGAAAACCUAUACAUUAUGUACAGGGAACUUCAGCUGGCAGAUCAGCCUGUGUUUGAUGAAACAAACAAAUGCAUGAUCUUGAAAUGGGAGCGAAGAAUAUAUUCAUUCUCCAAUCCUCACAUCCAAGCUGAAGUCAAACAACAAAAUCCUAACUCAGUCAUGGCCUAUGUCCCAAGGAACACCUGGAAAGGCCUAGCAGCCGCUGUUAGAGAGGAAAACUGGGACAUAAUGUUUACCCUGAUUGAGGAGCUUGAAAAUAGCUCAACAAUCCAUGCAAGACAAUUCCAGGAAAGACUGAGAAACUACAAAGGUUCAGAAAAAUCUGAUCCCAUUCACGCCGAGCAUUAUGCUGAGCUGUCGCUGAGAAUAAAGCAAGGUGAAGCAGUCGAGGUGCAGCUAGGUACCGCCACAGCUCGAGGAUUAUGGGCACCAGCAAUUCAGCUGUUUGUUGUGCAUCCAAAAUUUGAGAUUUGUUUGGAUCAUGUAAAAGAUCCGAUCAAGUGUUUUUCAAAAUAUGCGUUACACUCAUCAAGGAGUUCAUACCAGACAUACAUGGAUUAUCAGGAAAUAUGGAAACCUUUGUGUGAAAUGGAGUCAGCCUCCAAUGCUGUGGCCGAAAAUGAGAGCAUUAUAAUUGAAGACGUAGCCUUGAAAUUGGAAAACUCUCCUCAAAAUAAGCUUAAAGGUUUUUUUCUCCUCCCACUGGACAAGAAAUCUCAGUGGUGUAUUGAUUGUGACCUGAGGAAAAGUGUUCUCUGCAUUCGAACUAGGAUUCACCAAAGUCUGAGUGGUCCCUUUCUGGAAAAAACUCAGAGCACAGCUCUCAUGGAUGUACCUUCCAUCACUUGGGUGGCUCAUGGCAUAAUUACAGAAGUUGAAGAAACAGACUCCAAAGAACCAGUGAACUUACGAAUUGAUUUUCUCAUUAACCACAUGCCCAUGACAAAUAUUCCAGAAGCGAUAUUCUCCGAGAAGACAAGGUUUACUCUGGAGCUGAUUACAAAGCUUCUGCCAGAUGUGCGUAAAGAGAAUGCAAUUAGCAGUCUAACCAAAGCUAACCACCUUGUGAAAACGAUUGCCAUUGGCAGGAAAAUCAACUCUACAGGAUGUACAAAUCCGGAGCAGAACCCAGCCAGAUUUGAGAUUGACAAUUAUCUCCCUUCUGGGUUUUCCCAUCUAAACAACAGUCAAAUUAAAGCUAUAAGAGAAGCAGUGACCAACCCGUUCACUCUUAUCCAAGGACCACCAGGGACUGGAAAAACUGUCGUUGGUGUCCAUAUUGUGUAUUGGAUGCUCAAGAAAAUCCAACAGCUUCCAACCUCCAGUUCGCAGAAGAAGAGAGCUAUUCUGUACUGUGGCCCUUCAAAUAAAUCUGUCGAUGUUGUAGCAGGUCAUCUCCUAAAACUUAGAAAAGAUGUUCGACCUCUCAGAAUCUACAGUGAUCAGAUGGAGAUGUUGGAGUUUCCUUACCCAGGAUGCAAUCUGAAGCUGUCACGCAAUUCUAAAAGAGGGGAAAAACCAAACACAGAACUCAGUUCCAUUGCAUUACACCACCUGAUUCGAAAGCCUGGCAACAGAUAUUCCACUCAAAUACAAGCAUUUGAUUUGAAAAUCGCAAGAGGAGAUCAAUUCACUCCUGAAGAAAAAAAACUCCACAGAGAAAUUCUCAAAGAUGCUCGGAAACACGAAUUAUUGAAGCACGAUGUCAUCUUGUGCACUUGCACUGCAGCCUCACACCCUGCCUUGACUGAAACCCUCGACUUAAAACAGAUCAUCAUUGAUGAAUGUGCCAUGGCAACUGAACCCGAAGCCUUUAUUCCUCUAGUGGCUCAUAAACCAGAGCAGAUUGUUCUUCUGGGCGAUCAUAUGCAGCUGCAACCUGUAGUGCACUGUGAUGUGGUGGAGCGAUUGGGAAUGAGCCGAUCUCUUUUCGAACGUUACAUGGAGAGAGCACUCAUGCUUGACACUCAGUACAGGAUGCAAGAGGACAUCUGUGCAUUUCCAUCUCAAGAGUUCUAUGCAGGAAAGUUAAAAACCGGAACUCAACACAAACCAAGUCUCUUGCAUGCUCAAUCAAGGCAAACAUGCAUAGUCUUUGGUCAUGUUGAAGGAACAGAGAAAAGUCUGGUGGUCUCGACUGAACAGGGGAAUGAAAAUUCAAAGGCAAAUGUGGAAGAGGCAAAAGAAGUGGUGCGGAUCGCCAUUCUUUUGACUGAGGCGGGAAUACAGACGAAGGACAUCGCCAUUCUCACACCAUAUAAUGCUCAAGUUAAGAACAUUAAUGACUCGCUUUUAAAUUAUGGUAUAAGUGACAUCACAGUCAACACCAUCAUGAGGAGUCAAGGAAGUGAAUGGAAAUAUGUCAUCAUGUCAACUGUGCGCUCCUGCCCAAAGUCUGACAUAGAGAGACAACCAACCAAAUCCUGGAUUAUGAAACAACUUGGAUUCAUCACGGACCCACACCAGGUUAACGUGGGCAUUACCAGGGCACAAGAAGGACUGUGCAUCAUUGGUAAUGAGAACUUGCUGCGCUGCAGUGUCUUGUGGAGGAGACUUCUGGAUCACUAUCAGAAGAAAGGGUGUGUAGUGAAUCCUCAGAACAUCCAGGUUCAGAACCACAACAGAAUUAAGAGAACUGCUAGAAGAUGAUGUGCUUUCUGCAGUUUUCCUUUUGUAGCCGCAUUCACUUUAUUCUCUAGCGGUGUUAAAUAUGCACUCAUAUUUAUGCAUUACUCAGGGAGCAUUGUACCCGUCAGAUGUGUUCAUAAGCUUAUUCAUUAAUACCGUAAAAUAACCAAUCUUGGAAUGCACUUUAGUAUAUAUUAUAUUAACUUUUUUAAUGUAUUUAUUUUUGUCUGAUUUAUGUUGUAAUUCAAUCAUAUUUGACUAUUCAUUUUAAUGCCAGAAUUUUUGUCUUAAGUUUUAAGAGAACUGUAAAGCACAUUGUAUUUGUUAAAAAAUACAAAUUUUAUAUAUAAAAGCAAAGUUAGUGUGAUUUUUGCCGAUGCAACUAUGAAAUAUAGACAUUUGACCACUGUAGCACCAUUAUUAUGACUAUAAUCUAGACACUUGCAAUGUUAAAAUGUGUCCACUUAGUGGUGCUACUUGCAUAUAAAGCCAAUCUAAGGAAAUUAGUAACUCUGUAUAUUUGGAUUCUGUUGAUUUGAGAUAUUUCGUACCAAAACUAGUGAAACCAUGUAGUCACAUUUUUAUAUAUAGUGUUAUAGAUGAAUGUACAAUUGCAUAACGUUAACGUUAAUGUAUAAGGAUGUAUCUGUGUUCAGAUCUUUACUUAAUUUGCUCAAGCUGUAAAAUGAAGGGGGUGAUUGGUGUGUAUUGGGACACUCUCCCCAGAUGUGAACACUGAAGUCACUAAUAAAAAUCUGUGAAUGUGA